CAAAUGGACGAGUCACAAUCCAUCGUCAGACGUCCUUACCCGCUCAAAAAUCUCCGCCCCUUCCGCCUCGGUGUCCUCACAGCACAAACCAUACGACGUCGACAACGAUGAUACCAGACAAAAUAUGUCGAAUUGGAACGGCACUUUGCGUGCUGCUUCCGGUGGACUUAUCCGCGUGUCGCCGCCCGUUUUGUCUUCUCCGGUUUCUUAAUCGAGCGUAUCCCACCGCCACCGUCCACGACGUCUGCAAACUGUCGCAAAACGCAGUUGCGUAUAUACACCCUCUCUCUUCCCUCGUCUUUGCUUCCCUGUAAAGAAAUGAGUUCGGUCUUAUCUCUUUCUGUAUAGUCUCUGUUUUCGAUAGCUUUGGGCUUUGUCAUCUCCCCUGUACUUGUUGUUGCGUUCGAGGUUUGCUGGUUUAUGGAGGACGAGUUGAUUCCAGGGCUGCCGCAGGAGAUCGCCCGCGAGUGUCUCAUCCGCGUCCCCUUCGACGCCUUCCGCACCGUUCAGGCCGUCUGCAAGUUCUGGAAGCACGACCUCGAGUCUGCGUCCUUCCACCGCCACCGGAAGUCCGUGGGCCUUGACCGGCCGGUGGUCGUGCUUUCCCAGUCCGAGCCCGCCCCGGUCGUCGCGGCGUCCGCCAACGGCGAGAAGUCGUACCCGUCCCGGUUGCUCUACCGCCUCGCGCUUUUCGAGCCGACAACCGGCGCCUGGAGCUCGCUGCCACCGAUCCCCGGGCGGCCCCACGGCCUCCCGCUGUUCUGCCAGCUGGCCGCCGUCGGGAGGGAGCUGGUGGUUGUCGGCGGGUGGGACCCUCGCACCUGGGCCGCCUCCGACGAGGUACACGUCUACGACUUGGUGUCCGGAGCCUGGCGCCGCGGUGCCCCCAUGCCGGGCACACGGCGCUCCUUCUUCGCGUGCGCGGCCUCGGAGGAGCGCGCCGCGGUGUUCGUGGCCGGCGGGCACGACGAGAGCAAGAACGCGCUGCGGUCGGCGCUGGCCUACGACGUGGCGGCGGACGCGUGGAUGCAGCUGCCCGACAUGGCGCGGCAGCGCGACGAGUGCCGCGGGGUGUUCGCGAGCGGCUGGUUCCACGUCGUCGGGGGUUACCCCACGGAGGCGCAGGGGCAGUUCUCGCGGAGCGCGGAGACCUUCGACGUCGCCGCCUGGCGGUGGAGCGCGGUGGAGGAGGGGAGGCUGGAGGAGGCUGCGUGCCCGCGGACGUGCGUGGUGGGCGGCGACGGGAGGGUGUACAUGUGCCGGCAGGCGGGGCAGGCAGUGGUGCUGGAGGAGGGCGGCGGGGCGUGGCGCCGGGUGGCGGAGCUGCCCGGUGAAGUGCGGGUGGCGCUGCAGAUGGUGGCGUGGGAAGGAGGGUUCAUGGUGUUGGGGUCCGGGACCCUGCGUGGGGCCCAAGUGGCCUACAUCGUGGAUAUUGAAAGCGGGGAGGGGAAGGGGAUGAAGAAGUGGCGGAAGGUUGAGUUGCAGAGGGAGUAUUCCGGCCAUGUCCAAGCUGGCUGCUGCUUCCACAUAUAAUAAUCACAUCAAUUUUAGGGUGGGGAUGGGGGAGUUUCGUUUCCGUCCUCUCUCCGCAUGAUGUAAAUUAUACAUACAUACAUGCUUUUACUUUUCUUAUUUUUA